GGCUGUUGGCUGCGAUGUCGUUUAUGAAUGGUGAAAUGUAAAUGACAAUGCACAUGUUUGCUGUUUCAUCGUGGAAGUAAACAGCAAUUUUCAAGGAACAUUUCCAGGAAGAUGUCGAUCCUGUCAUACAAUGGAGGAGCCAUGGUGGCCAUGAAGGGCAAGGAAUGUGUCGCCAUUGCAGCGGACAAGAGAUUCGGUAUUCAGGCCCAGACAUUAUCUACUGAUUUUGAGAAAAUGUUUCCAAUGGGACCGCGCAUGUACCUCGGUCUCCCGGGACUGGCCACGGACACGCAGACCUGCCACAGCAAGCUGCGAUUCCGCUUGAACUUGUACGAGCUCAAAGAAAACCGACACAUACAUCCCAAAACUUUCGCAGCAAUGGUGUCCAACUUCCUCUACGAAAGACGGUUUGGACCGUACUUCGUGGAGCCGGUGAUAGCGGGGCUGGACCCGGUGGACUUCACGCCCUACGUGUGCAACAUGGACCUGAUUGGCUGCAUCAACGAGCCGGAGGACUUUGUGGUGGGGGGAACGUGCUCGGAGCAGCUGUACGGGAUGUGCGAGGUGCUGUGGGAGCCAGACCUCAGCCCCGACGACCUGUUCGAGAAGAUCUCGCAGGCGCUGGUCAAUGCAUGCGACCGCGACGCCAUCUCGGGCUGGGGUGCCGUCGUGCACAUCAUAGAAAAAGACAAGAUUACAACCAGGCAUCUGAAGACAAGGAUGGACUAACAGCAUUGAAAAGAGUAUUAGGUGGUGCUAACCAAGUGUUUCAUUUUUUAUUCACAAAAAAUUGAGAAUUGUCCUCGUAAGUUUUGAUUGCCACUACACAUUUUUUUUUUUUUCAAAUGUGAAAAUUAAUGUUCAAAUGCCUGUUGGGUAAAACAUCAUUUUUAUUGCAGACAUGUCAAAAUAAAUAUCAACAAAAUUGCUUCAGCUAAAUAGUGCUGCAUGUUAUAUUGCAUUACUUAUUGCUUGCCACAAGUAUAAACAAAUAAUUGCACCAUACUUUUCUUUACAGUUUUUUUAAUUGAAACCCUCAACACAUACGUAAGUAUAAUAUAGUUCUUGGAACAUAUUGGAUUCACCUUACCAAAGCUAUUUAUCAAUAUAUUAAGUAAAACAAAAUAAUAAAACCAUUUUAGGAUGGACACUUCAUCUGCCUAAUAGUGAUUGGUGGAAUCAGUUUUUAAAAAUUAAUGCAUUGAUUCAUAAUAUGAAAUUGAUGCAAUGUUUUUUGAAAGAUAGAAAAAAUAUAUCUACCUUAACCAUGUUUUGCAAAUGUAUAAUGUUGACGUAACUAAAAACGUAACUGCUUGGCUGAAUGUUCAACCACUGUAUCAAGGUUAAAUUGUGCAGGCAUUUUGAAGGUGAAUGUAUUGUCUAUAUUUCAAAUGACACAAAGGUGCAUGCCGCAUAUUGAGUUGACACAUAAAACUGAAGUCAAAGAUGAA